AUGACGCUCUGUAUUCGUGAAUGUAUUAUUUUGUUAUGCUUACCGUUUUGCGAGGCAGCCAACAUACUCUAUGUUGUACCGGUCUCUUCGAGAUCUCAUGAUAUAUUUCUUAGACCAAUAGGACUUGAACUGGCAAACAGAGGUCAUAAUGUCACCGUUAUAACCUCUUUUGACGUACCAAAUUCUCCACCAAAUUAUCACAAAGUUGUGGUAGAGAGGAAAGAAAUAUGGGAUUUAAUGGGUACCGCAAGACCAAACUUAUUCGAAACAACCAAAAUAUCAACCAUCAAUUUAAUAAACACAAUAUUGUGGAAAGCAGGGCUUGCUUUGACGGAACAUAUUCUUAACUCAACUGAAGUACAGGAUUUUCUCAAACAAGAUAAUAAUUAUGAUUUAGUUAUCUGUGAGACGUUUGUUCAAGACGCUAUAUACUACUUUUCUCAUAGAUAUAAUGCACCAUUAGUGCUUGUAACACCCUUUGGAAAUUGUAUGAGACACAAUAUAGCUGUUGGAAAUCCAUUACAGCUAGCGACUAUUCAAUACGAGUUCGUUCCAAUAGAAAGUCCCAAAAGUUUUACGGGACGUAUGAAAAAUCUUUUCAUUUCAAUAUAUGAGUAUGUAUCGUGGAGGUUUUGGUACUUAAAACAACAAGAGAUUUUAGCUAAAAAGUAUAUUAAAGAUUUGCCCGAACCAGUACCAAAUUUAUACGAUAUAGAAAAAAAUGCAGUGCUAUUUUUGGUUAAUAGACACUUCAGUUUUAAUGAACCAAUGGCAUAUCUACCAAAUAUUAUCGAAAUUGGGGGAUUGCAUACGACAAUGAACGCUGAACCAGAAAUAUUAUCAAAGGAAAUGGAAAAAGUAUUGAACGAAUCCACCAAUGGAGUGGUGUAUAUUAAUUUCGGAAGUAAUGUUAAAAGUUCUGAACUACCAGCUGAUAAAAAGAAUGCUUUUAUAAGCAUUUUGGGGAGACUUAAAUACACAGUUUUAUGGAAAUGGGAGAAUGAUCGCACAGAAGAUAUGCCACAUAAUAUAAUCACAAGAAAAUGGUUUCCACAACAUAAAAUAUUAGCACACCCCAAUAUAAAACUAUUUAUCGGUCACGGGGGAGCAAUGAGUACCCAAGAAGCUGUUUAUCACGGAGUACCUAUCCUGGGUGUACCCAUAUACGCUGACCAAUAUAACAAUCUACUUCUCACCAAAGAAGCCGGCUUUGGAGAAAUACUCAAUUUUAAUGACAUCGAUGAGGCAUCUACAGAAAGGGCCAUAAAGGAUAUACUCGAGAAGGAAACAUAUAUGUUAAAAGCUAAAGAGGUUUCUAAAAUAUUCAGAGAUAGGCCAAUGAAUCCUUUAGAAACAGCAAUGUUCUGGAUAGAAUACGUUAUUAGAAACAAUGGUUCAAAUCAUUUGAAAAGCUCUGCGAUUGAUAUGCACUGGACUGCAUUCAAUAUGUUGGACGUUUAUGCAUUUAUCGUAAUAACAUUUGUUGCAAUUGCUUUUCUUGCAGUAAAAUUGUUGAUUGUUUUAAGUAACAAAUUACGUUUUAGGAGGGUAUUGCCGAAAAAACAGAAACGCUCUUGA